UGAGGGUCAGACCGUAUGUGAUCAAAACAAUUCAAUCAAUCCUAUAGGGUGCACGCGCUGGCCCAUAUUUCUUUAAAAAUUAUCUCAAAAGUUUAACAAGACAAACAAAAUAACAAUGCCUGAUGCUGAACAAUUGCCCGAUGGCUGGGAGAAGCGCACAAGUCGCUCCACAGGUCUCAGCUACUAUCUAAACGUGCACACCAAGGAGUCGCAGUGGGAUCAGCCCACCGAGAUAGCCAAAAAGUCGGGCUCCAACGCCGCCGAUGGACCGGCCGAGGUGCAGUGUCUCCAUUUGCUGGUGAAGCACAAGGGCAGCCGUCGCCCGAGCUCGUGGCGCGAGCAACAUAUCACACGCACCAAAGAGGAGGCACAGCUCCUGCUCGAGGUCUAUCGCAACAAGAUCGUUCAGCAGGAGACCACAUUCGAGGAGCUGGCCCGCUCCUAUUCCGAUUGCAGUUCGGCCAAGCGUGGCGGCGAUCUGGGCAAGUUUGGACGCGGUCAAAUGCAGCCACCCUUCGAGAAGGCCGCCUUUGCCUUGAAUGUAGGUCAACUCUCUGGCAUCGUGGACACCGACUCGGGCCUGCACAUCAUACAGCGCAAAUCCUAGACACCCAGCCCCCCAGCAUAAGCAUGAAAAUUACAAAAAAUAUAUGUAUAUUAAGCGGCUGCGUAAAGGCGCUCAAAAAAAAAAACCACAAAAAAAUGAAAAAAAACUCCGCCUAAAGGCGCACCAAAUAGAAGGUUGAAUUUAAACGUAAAGGCGCUCCA